ACGCGACCAGUCAGAGGAAGGGUCUGAGGUGGAGAAGGAGGCGGCUUGCGGUGUUUGGUGCGGUGCACUUAAGUUUUGUAAAAUUGGUUCGUUGUUUGAAAGCCAACCGGGAGGACCACUGCAAUGUCUGUCAAACACAGCUGCUCCUUAUUCGACACGUUUUCAACAGGAUAAUCCCGAGCCGGCGUUUGGAUUUUUGCUCCUGCUCUAUUAUUGUAGGUAGAGAAAUCAAUUCAUCGAAUCAGUCAGGUCGGGAUUCAUUUUCUUUUUAAUUUCUCGACUCGUUUCUUAUUUUGGGAGUGCCGUGUUUUAGCGUUUGGACUUGUCACGAGUAACCGGUGCAGCAACACAGAGUACUGGAUCGCAGACUGGAGACUCGCACGUGUAUCCUUCCUCCGGCUGCAGGCGCAUCGAUCCUUAAGCACUCUGGAUAAAAGUUGUAUUUUUUCUGUUUGGGAUUUCGUUUUAAUCAGGCAGAUAAACAGCCAAAUAACAUGUCGCUCAGCAGAAGUAUUGAAUUUGAACACUUUGAGGAACGAGAGAAGCCGCACCGGACACCGAGGGCCAAUUCGGGCUCCGGGUCCCAGUCAGGCUCCAGAGGCAACGGUCUGGUCCCCAGCCCGGCGCACAGCGCGCACUGUAGUUUCUACCGCACACGCACUCUCCAGUCCCUCACGUCCGAGAAAAAAGCCAGAAAGGUGCGAUUUUAUCGCAAUGGAGAUCGGUAUUUUAAAGGUUUGGUGUAUGCCGUGUCUAACGACCGGUUCAGGUCUCUGGAUGCUCUGCUCAUGGAGCUCACGAGGUCCCUGUCGGACAAUGUCAACCUUCCCCAAGGAGUCCGGACGUUAUAUGCCUUGGAUGGAGGCAGGAGAAUCACCAGUCUGGAUGAGUUAGUAGAGGGUGAGAGUUAUGUGUGUGCCUCAAAUGAACCCUUCCGACGUGUGGACUACAACAAGAAUGUCAACCCCAACUGGUCAGUGGGCUGCAAGACCGGCACAUCACGCUCCCUCUCCUCUCUCAUCACGCUGAAGAACGAGUUGCAGCGUGAGUCCAAGGACUUCAUCAAACCCAAACUAGUCACAGUCAUCCGCAACGGUGUCAAACCCCGCAAGGCAGUACGGAUACUGCUCAACAAGAAGACAGCACACUCCUUCGACCAGGUGCUCACUGACAUCACAGAUGCAAUCAAGUUGGACUCUGGAGCUGUGAGGAGACUGUACACUUUGGAGGGCAAGCAGAUUAUCUGCCUGCAGGACUUCUUCGGGGAUGAUGAUGUGUUUAUAGCGUGCGGCCCGGAGAAGCACCGCUAUGCUCAGGACGACUUUGUUUUGGAUCACAGUGGUAAGGCUUCCACAGCCUUUAUUACUGAAUGCAGAGUGCUAAAGACGUCGCACUGCCGCCCUGCUACUCCGAACAGGACAGCUAAAAGCCCUGGACCUUCACGACGCAGCAAGUCCCCUGGUGCAGCAAGGCAACCGGUCCACCUCUCCACCAGUCAGUCUCCAAUCAAAUCCCCAGUAAACGGUGUCUCAGGCAGCCAGAUCUCAACUCCAAAGUCCACCAAGUCCUCCACUCCAUCUCCCACCAGCCCCCGACCCAUCCCGUGUUUUAAGAUCCCUCCGUCACAUCACAUCUCGUCCUCAAAUGUGAAUGGCUCGGUGAACAACCACCAGGAGCAAACUAACCAACUGAGUCCAGAGGCAGUUAAUGGUAACCGCUACCUGCCUGCCUCCCCCAUCUUGGAAAAAUACAAGGUUGGCAAGGUCAUCGGAGAUGGCAACUUCGCUGUAGUCAAAGAGUGUGUGGAGAGGUCCACAGGAAAAGAGUUUGCACUGAAGAUCAUCGACAAGGCCAAGUGCACUGGAAAGGAGCACCUUAUAGAGAAUGAAGUCGCAGUGCUGCGGAAGGUGAAACACCCCAACAUCAUCAUGUUGAUAGAGGAGGUGGACACUCCCUCCGAACUCUACCUGGUUAUGGAGCUUGUCAAGGGAGGGGAUUUAUUCGAUGCCAUCACCUCCUCGGCCAAAUACACUGAGAGAGACGCUGGUGUCAUGGUGUACAAUCUCGCUGGAGCUCUAAAGUACCUGCACAGCACAAACAUCGUCCACAGAGACAUUAAACCAGAGAACUUGCUGGUGUUUGAGUAUCCAGAUGGCACAAAGUCAUUAAAAUUGGGGGACUUUGGCCUGGCCACAGUGGUGGAAGGACCUUUGUAUACCGUAUGUGGAACUCCUACAUAUGUGGCUCCAGAAAUCAUCUCGGAGUCUGGUUAUGGUCUAAAGGUAGACAUCUGGGCUGCAGGUGUCAUCACUUACAUCCUUCUUUGUGGCUUUCCUCCAUUUAGGAGUGAGAGUAACCUGCAAGAGGAUCUGUUUGAACAGAUCCUUAUGGGGCAACUGGACUUUCCCAGUCCUUACUGGGAUAACAUCACUGACUCAGCCAAGGAGCUGAUAGGAAAGAUGCUGCAGGUCAACGCUGAGGCUCGAUACACAGCACAAGACAUCCUCUCCCACCCUUGGGUCACGGACGACACAGUCAUGGAGAAGAACAUGCAGAUGGAGGUCACAGGUAAACUGAAGACGCACUUUAACACUGCGCCUAAGCACAACAACACCACAGCUGCGGUGUCCGUCAUCAUGAGCACAGCUCUAGAUAAAGAGACCCUCCAGCUCACCAUCCAUCAUCGUCCACAGCCCCAAACAGUGCCAUGUCCACCAUCGUCAGCUGGCAAGAAAGUCCCAGCCAAACCAGCCUCGCCAACAAAGUCAGGACCAGCUUCUCCAACCAAACAGGCAUCCCAGGCAAAAGAACCCAAACCCACCAAGUCUGCUCGUCUCAAGGCACCCAAGACCGCUGUGUCUGCUGUGCCUGAUGCUACACCCACUUCUAAUGCUCCCUGCUCUCAUUUCCCAAUUGACGGUGUGUUUCCUUCUGCUCCUGUAAGUUUGCUUUUCUCCCCUUCACCCUCUGCUGAAACCUACCCCAUCACCUCUUUGCCUGUUUCCACCCCUUCUGAAACAACAUCACCCUUCGCCGCUCCCUGCUUUUCUCUCGAAACUCCCUCACUCUCAGGCCCUCCUGCUUUUUUCGCCUGCAACACUCCCUCUACACCUGUGUCAUGCCCUUCCCCAUCAUCUCCAACCAAACCAGCCCAAACCUCCUCUUCUCCCACCAAACCCGCCUCUCUUUCUCCCACCAAACGAGUCCCUUCCUCCUCUUCUACCAAAGAGGCAACAUCCCCAUCAACUUCCCCCUCAAAACAAGCUUCCCCCUCCCCAGUCUCCCCCAUCAAACCUGUCAUUUUCUUCCCUUUCUCUUCCCCAACCAAACAAGAACCUCCCUCCCCCUCUCCCAUCCAUCCAACGCUGUUUCCUUCUCCUCCCUCUACACCUCCCAGAUCCACGACCCCGGCCUGUCUCGCUGGCCCUCCAUCUCCCAGCCCCGAAGCUGAAGAGCUAAUGGAGGAGAUUUAAAUGGCAAUUAUGUAGCCAAUUUCUCCCCUCACUCCUUCUCUUUAUGGGAUGAGGAGGCUAAACCUCCACCCUAAGCAUUUCCAGUAGCUGUUAACUGAGCCAGUGAUUGCUGUGUCCAUGUUUUUCUCUCACUCUUGUCCCACUCAUUUUCAUUGGACGGAGGAUAGAAGGCAAAAGAGUUUGUCGAUUGUAUAUGUGUGUUUGUAUUUAUUAAUAGAGGAUGUGGAGAAAGGGAAUGAAGUGAAAACAUCACUGUUCUGAGUGGUUUGUCUUUAGAAGUCAUGCAUUACAAUAUCAUGCUAAUGUGAAUUAUUUUAUUUAUUAUCCCAUUCUGACUGCCUGUGGCUCUUUUGUAAAUAGUUAUUCAUUACACGCACGCACGCACACACCAUUGUGAACUCCUAUUGCUUUAGCAGAGGGACAGUAGGUCCAUAAUACAAGUAUUUCAGCACAUCAAACUUCUGAACUUGCUAGCAUAUCUACCUGUAGUGUAAUCCAACUAUAACUACUAUCAGUAUUUUCUCUGACCACAGCCAUCCCGAUGGUAACCGAAAGUCUGUUAAACUUAAGAUUCCUAUUAAGUGUUGCUAUCUACAGUAUAGUGGGUUGACAAAAUAAAGUACUAUGUAGCUAAUCUUGAAUCAGGCCCUGCUUUGUUUAACAUCUUCAGCUCUACUUGGAGAUUCUGUGCAUUUGUGCGUCUUGAAAUCAUGCAUGUAAAAGAGUUAAUAAUCAGAUAUGUUAAAGCUGUUCACAUUCAAUUUAAAAGGCUAUGUUUACAAAAAUUACAAAUUACAAAACAAAAAUCUACAAAACAUUACCUAUAGUGCAGUGGUUCCCAAACUUUUUGGCUUAAGACCCCUUAAACAAUCUGUUGUCUACUUGUAAACCCUUUUUAUAAACUGGAUAUUUCUCUGCAUUUUGGCCAUUUCAACCAAAGGUUAAAAUUGUUUUAUUUAAAUAAAAAAAGCAAACCU